UCCGCGCAUGCGCGUUCCCGCUGGUGUCACUGCGUCGAGGAGCCAGCGAGAAGCCACGGUGCCCCGACGAAUAAUACCAGCCCACCUGGACUCAGAACAUGGCCUCAAACAACAGCUCCGGCGGCAAAUGGGAGGUAGUAAAGAAAGGGAAGAAAAACAGCAACAGCAGCAGCAGCUCCGGCGGAGGGAAGAGCGAGAGGAAGCCCGGCGACGGCGGGAGGAGAGCCCUGGGGGAGUCCAACCAGCCGGCCAGACUCCCCAUUAAGAUGUCAGAGACUCUGUAUGACAGCUUUGAGAAGAUGGGGAAGAAACAGAACAAGGAGCAGGUUCCACCACCAGCCGAUCCUCAAAAUAAGAAGCCCCCAUCAAGUAAACCAUCCAAGAAAUCUUUCUCCAGCAAUACAGUCACACCUGCAAGUCACAAAACUCUGGAAGAAGCCUUCAAAGCUCUGGACAUUGGGGACCUGAAGCAGCAGUUGGCUCGCAGUCAAACCUUGUUCCCAGAAAACCCUUCAGUCUGGGUCAAAGACCUGGCAGGAUACCUUAACCUCCAUCUGACCGCCCCUGAGAACGAGCCAACUCUCAGCAGCUACGCUCACGACUACCCGUACUGCCUUACAGGAAAAGAGCUGAAGGGUAUUAUCAAAAGCCUCAUUGGACGUUGCAGCAGCGUUCUGCCAGAUUUCUUCGACCACUGUGUUCACACUAUGCUCAGGGAGCUGGACAGACAGUCAGGUGAACCUCUGCAUGGGUACAGAGUUUGCAUUCAGGCAAUCCUACAGGACAAACCCAAAAUAGCCACUCAAAACCUGCCUGAGUAUUUGGAGUCAUUGCGGUCAGUUCAAAAUCGUCCAGUGAAAUGUUUGACCAUCAUGUGGGCUUUGGGUCAAGCUGGCUUCUAUGACCUCAGCCAGGGACUAAGAGUGUGGCUGGGUAUCAUGCUUCCUGUGCUUGGAGUAAAGGCCUUGUCUUCAUAUGCCAUUGCAUAUCUAGAAAGACUGCUCUUACUUCAUGCAAACCUGACUAAGGGAUUUGGCAUCAUGGGACCAAAAGAGUUCUUUCCACUGCUUGAUUUUGCCUUCAUGCCUAAAAACUCCUUGACACCAGGUUUGCAGGAGCAGCUGAGACGUUUGUAUCCUCGACUGAAGGUCCUCGCAUUUGGAGCCAAACCUGAGAACACGUUGCACACGUACCUGCCAUCUUUUCUAUCCAGAGCCACGCCGUACUGCCCAGAUGACAUGAAGAGAGAGCUGCUCAGCAGUAUGACGGAGUGUUUGUGCGUGGAUGUACAGAGUCUAGGAGUGUGGAGGCAGCUCUACAUGAAACACUUACCCCAGUCCAGUCUGCUACUGAACCACUUAUUGAAGUCUUGGAACAUUUUGCCACCAAAGCUGCGGAAGAACUUGCAGGAAACAAUCCAGUCAUUCAGAGUGACCAAUGAAGAGUUGAAAGAGACAGUUGAAUCUCAAGACCUUCAGGAUUGCAAUAAUUUAUGCCAGAAUCUUCAGGUAAAGAUGCGCGGUCAUGGGUUCCCUUGGUCCAAACUUCUCAUGGUUCUGCUGGUGUUUGGUGCUGGAUUUAUCGCCCAAGACGUCAGAUCUCGUGGCUCAUUUGCAGAUUCCACCACAGCCAAGUAUCUGCACACAUCAGGAGUCACAGCUGUGUCUCAGCAAGCCUGGAGCAAAAUAACAGUCUACUCAAAACAGGGCUUCGGUUGGUUGGAAAAAAACACUCCGUAUUAUUACUCUGAGUUUGUGAGAGUUUCGGGGCCAUUAAUGGAACAAGGUUUAGAAAAUGCAAAGGCAGCAGUGGUCGUGAUCUCUGAAAACACCACAAACUUUAUUCUGUGGGUCAAAGAGACGACACCAUUGGUCAUUGAAUGGAUAAACACCAACACUCCGGACAGUGUGUUUCAAGUGUUGACAUACUUGAAGGAGCUCCUACUCUUCAUCCAUCAGCACUAUGUCUUGCCAGCGCUGGCAUACGUAUCUGAUCUGCUACAACGAGCAUGGACCAAACUUCAGGAAUCCUGCAAUGGGGAGGUGUCUGUGUCGUGUCUGCAGGGCCAUGCGCUGUCUUUCACAAACUCAACAUGGCAGAUGCUCCAGCAUACGACCUCAGCCAUCAAGACGUGGGCUCAGGAUCUGCUGACACGAGCAGGAUAACUCUACCGACGCUGACUGAUUUACACACAAUACACACCGUGUGUGCAGUGAUGUACUGUUCAUACACGCACUGGCCCGGUGUGACGCUGCCUUUCAGUGCAUCGGCUGCUCUGAAGCCACGAUUGGACACUUUGGACUUGGACACAAACAAACUUCAAACAAAAAAAGACGCUUUUGUCUCCGAUUUGGGCUGAAAUUGAUCAGUUUGCUGUUGUAUAGAUGUCUUUUUUUUCUACCAAUCUUUUUGUCACUGCUGGAUGUGGAGGAUGUAUUUUUCUCUCUCCCUGAGUUUUCUACUGCAAAUUUCAGGUCUUGCUUUAACUUCUGGGAUAAAAGUGUAAUUUAUAUAAAUGUAGGUUUGUAGAUUUCUACGCCAUUUUUAUUUAAAGAUAAUUGAAAAUAUUCCAAGGAAACUUGAUCAAAGGCAGGAAAAGGGCAAUAAACAAACCACUGAAGAUGUCAUCAGUAAAACUGAGGGCUGCUUCAUCGCCAACUUUGUCUUGCUCAGUUUUCGUUAAGCUUAAAAACGUGUCACAAUGAAAACCUGUCUACGUGAAAAACAACAAGGAAGGAGUCACAUCUGCUGGUGGACUGGCUCCUCCAGGGAGUUGGGAGUGGACACCGUAACCCAGGAGAAGAGUCUCACAUCAGUCCAGAAGUCUGCCUGCCGUUCCUCAUCGUCUCGUCUUUGCUGCUUCAUUCUUUCCUGUUUAUUGUGCUUUAGUUGCUCGAUGGCUGAGCUACAAGACUUGCUAUGGUCCCGUACUUUUACUUGACUGACAUUCUUGAUUUGUGUGUGUGGUUAAACAGCCUUAUUUUCAAUACUCGAAACAUGACCAAUUCUAUGCCAACGUCUUCUCAUGCAUUGAAACAUAGGCAAGGCAAACAUUUUCUGACCAGCUCAUUCACUUACUGCUUCUUGUACACACAUCCGAUGGAUAUAACAGCAAAUAUUGUCUUAAUUUGUAAAGUCAAUCCUUUAUAAUAAAGACUAGCCCCCCAAAA